GUUUACACUAUUGCAGAACAUCUCUGAAACUUUUACUUUGAGAGACAGGAUUUUUGAUUUCUUAUUGGUAGGAGAUUCCCUUGUAAAUAUACCAGGAAAAAUAUAGAAAAAACAAAGAGACCAAAUUUGGAAGAUCUACUCUUAUCAGCCGUCAGAGUGUUGAUGUGUAAUGACUGACAAUAAAGAACAACAAGAAGAUGAACUCCUUGCUCUAACCAGCAUAUUUGAUGAGACUGUAAUUUCACUUGUACAAGAUGACUCUGAAUGUGGGGGCCAGUUUUCUGCAAGUUUACGCCUUCCAGAAAAUUUCCAGUUGGCUGUGAUUAUUGAUAAAGCAAAUGAUGAAAUUAAGGAUGAGGAAUUCCACAGAGUACAGCAUCUACCUCCCCUGAUAUUAGACUUCCAGUUGUCCCCGGACUACCCCAGUGAUGGCCCACCUCAGUUCUCCCUCUCCUGCAAGUGGCUCAACAGGAAACAGUUGUCCUCAUUGUGUUCAAAGCUUGAUGAGCUAUGGCAGGAAAAUAAGGGAUCAGUUGUCCUGUUCACUUGGACAAGCUUCCUAUUAGAUGAUUCCUUCAGUUUUUUAGGACUAGAAAAUCCACUGAUUAUUUCCAGUGACACGAGUCGAAGAGACUCUCGUUUAGACGCCCGAGCUAUUCAGGAUAUUGCUUCCUACGAUCGCCUUCUUCCUGUGAUAUUGGAAUACAAUAAACAAGCGUUACAGCUGGAGUUUGAUAAAUCCUUCUUUUCUUGCCAAGUUUGCUUUGGAGAGAAACUAGGUUCUCAGUGUAUAAAAUUUAUGGACUGUGGGCAUGUUUUCUGUAAAACGUGUAUGAGGGAGUACUUCACCGUGCAGAUCAGUGAUGGCAAUGUCAAGGGCUUGAAUUGUCCAUAUGACAAAUGUGAGUCUCAAGCCCAUCCUACUCAGGUACAGGAGCUGGUCAGUAAGCAGGUGUUUGCUAAGUACGACGAGUUACUGCUGAUGACCAGCCUGGACCAGAUGGUGGAUGUGAUGUAUUGCCCCCGCCCCUCUUGUCAGUACCCGGUAUCCGUGGACAAGGAGAGUAACUUUGGGAACUGUCCCUCCUGUGGAUAUGUCUUCUGUGUCCUCUGUCAGCUGGUUUAUCAUGGACUGUCUCCCUGUAAAGUCAAAUCAGAUGGAUUGCGAAAACUGAGAGAUGAGUACACAAAUGCUGAUGAAGAAACCAAAAAGUUAUUGGAGAAGCGAUAUGGGAAAAAGACGAUCGAGGCAGCCAUAGCAGAAAGUUUGACAAAGGAAUGGUUGGAUGAGUUCUCCAAGAAUUGUCCAAGCUGCGGAGCAAAUAUUCAGAAAAUUGAUGGUUGUAACAAGAUGACAUGCAUGAAGUGCCGAGCCUAUUUCUGCUGGUUGUGUGAACAAGCUCUGCCUAAAACCAAUCCAUACAGACAUUACAAUACAGCAGAUAGCCCUUGUAGAAAUAAAUUGUUUGAGGGAAUGGAUGAAUUUGGUGAAGAUGAUGACUUUAUGUGGAUGUAGUAAUAAUUGUCAAUGUUACAGAACUGUGAGAAAACUAAAGGAAUAUUAAUCAGAUUGACAGUAUCCAUAAUUAACAAGAAGUUAGGCUUCCUUAGGUUUUGACAUUUGACCAUUUUAGCUGCUCUGUCAAUGUAAAGCUGAAUUUAUUUUUUAGUCCUCUUAAAAUGCCAUCACAGCAGAACAAAGAAUAGUUACCCAACUUAUGUUGCAUUGUCAUUUGCUGUAAAACUGUCAGUUUGUACUUGGUACAGAGAUUCCACAUGGCAAAUUGAAUGUCAAGAUCAAAGGCACAGACAAGUCUUGAACCUGUUUCUAACAUUAGAUUAAUGUUAUGUUUAAUACUAUGGUAUUUUUGAAUGAGAACCUGUGAGGGAACACUGUGAUUUAGGAGAAUUUACUUUAAAAAGUUUAUGAUUCUUUCUCGGGCUGUGCUUUUUUCAGCACAAAAUCUGCCUUUCUUUUCUCUUGGUUUUCUGGCCUACCAUUGCCCUUAUGAUGAAUUUCUAAUUCCGUUCCUGAAAGUGGUUUACUGCCAAAUGUCCCUAUUCUUGAAAAUCCAGAGCAAGUAACGGUACUUGUACUGUAUAUGUAUGCAAGUACACAUUAUUAGCUCACCUGAGCCGAAGGCUCAAGUGAGCUUUUCUGAUCAUAUUUUGUCCGUCGUCCGUCCAGCUGUCCGUCCGUCUGUCUAGCUGUCUGUCCGUCUGUAAACUUUUCACAUUUUCAACUUCUUCUCAAGAACCACUGGGCCAAUUUUGACCAAACUUGGUACAAAGCAUCCUUGGGUAAAGGGGAGUUUAAAUUGUUAAAAUGAAGGGCCAAGACCCCUCAUAAGGGGAGAUAAUCAAGGAAAGACAAAAAUAGGGUGGGGUCAUUAAAAAAUCUUCUUCUCAAGAACCACUGGGCCAGUAAAGCUGAAACUUAUGUGGAAGCAUCCUGGUAUAGUGUAGAUUCUAAAUUGUUCACAUCAUGACCCCCAGGGGAAGGGCGGGGCCACAAUGGGGAAUCAAAGUUUUAUAUAGAAAUAUAUAGGAAAAAUCUUUGAAAAUCUUCUUCUCAAGAACCGCUGGGCCAGAAAAGCUGAAACUUAUGUGGAAGCAUCCUGGUAUAGUGUAGAUUCUAAAUUGUUCACAUCAUGACCCCCGGGGGAAGGGCGGGGCCACAAUUGGGUAUCAGAGUUUCAUAUAGAAAUAUAUAGGAAAAAUCUUUGAAAAUCUUCUCAAGAACCGCUGGGCCAGAAAAGCUGAAACUUAUGUGGAAGCAUCCUGGUAUAAUGUAGAUUCUAAAUUGUUCAAAUAAUGACCCCCUGGGGAAGGGCAGGGCCACAAUGGGGAAUCAAAGUUUUAUAUAGAAAUAUAUAGGAAAAAUCUUUGAGAAUCUUCUUCUCAAGAACCACUGGGCCAGAAAAAGUGAAGCUUAUGUGGAAGCAUUCUGGGGUAGUGUAAAUUCUAAAUUGUAGGAAUCAUGACCCCCGGGGGAAGGGCGGGGCCACAAUGGGGAAUCAAAGUUUUACAUAGAAAUAUAUAGGAAAAAUCUUUGAAAAUCUUCUUCUCAGGAACCACUGGGCAAAAAGAGCUGAAACAUAUGUGCCCAUGGAAGGAUCAUGGGGUAGUAUAGAUUUCAAAAUGUCUAAAUUAUGAUCAGUGGGGUAGGGUGGGGAUGCAUUAUGUAUAACAAGGGGGAAAUCCGGUAAAGAACAGAAUGGUCAAAGCUUCUCAGGUGAGCGAUAUGGCCCAUGGGCCUCUUGUUUUUAGAUAGGAAAAAAAUUAAUUGCAAUAAUCUAUUAGAGAUCAACAUGUGGCUGUGAUUAAAAUAUUGUAUGUUAAUAUUAAUCAAGGAAUGAAUUUAUGUAUUUAUCACUUUUCAAUUUUUUAAUUGCAGAUUUUUAUCAUCUGCUCCAUGUUUGAAAAUACAAAACAGGAAUUCUUGUUACCUCGAUCUUGUACAUGCUUAACUUCUGGUGUGUAAUUGUUGUGAUUUCUUGCCAAUAAUUGGCUGAAAUACUGCAGUAUAGAGCCUUAAAUAACUGCUAAUCAAGCAAUCAAUUUUGUGAUUUUAUGGAAGCCAUGACUUAUAUUGGGUAUUUCUACAUGUGUUAUUUACGCAUUUGUUCCAAUAAAUUCUUAUGUGAUCAAGAGAAA